CGGAGGUCUUUUACCCCGUUCGCGCACAGGGGCGAAACACGCAUCGGCAGCGGCCGCACACGAGCGAGCGCUGCGCGAUGACGCCGGCCGCGAAGAAGGGCAAAUACGACGCCAAGUUCAAGUUGCAGGUGAUAGAGUUCGCCGAGCGAUUCAGCAAUCGCGCGGCGGGCACCAAGUUCGGCCUCAACGAGUCCACCAUCCGCGGCUGGCGCAAGGUGAAGAAGGCGGCCACCACCACACCGCCAGCCACGCCGCCGCCGCGCGGUCAUGCGACAACGGCCGCCCUGGGAUGGCACCAGCAGCCUCAGCACCAGACCCCUCAGGUGACCGCGUACUGCGUCCCGAUACCCCCCGGAGAGCAGCGGGUGCGUGCCGAACCCUGGCCGCGCGAUACCUCCUGGUGCGGAGGCGAGCCCGCACGUGCGCUGGCAGCCGCCGAUGCGAGCACGCACUACCGGAAGUGUCCGGCGCGCGAGCCGCAGGCCAGCGAACCGCCGUCCCCGGCGCGGGCCGCAGCAGCACCCGCGUUCCUGCCCUGCGAGUACCCGCACGGCUACGCGCCCCUCGUGCCUCAUCAUGCCCCGUUUCAGCAGCCACCCCCAGCCCCGGCGCCAUCGGUGAAGCGCGUCCUGCUGAGCGGCAGCGACUACGGCAACGGCUUCCCCGAGGUGUCCGUGCCGUUUACGGUGAUCGCCGAGAAGGCCCUGCGCGCGAUCUGCGAUCAGCGAGGCCCGGCUGCGCCGAGCCCGGCGUGCGCCUCGAACCGCGAAGUGUUCGCCAGCUUCCUGGGACUGACGCCCAACAGACUGGUGGACAACGUGACGUGACCGACCAAGGCUGCGCGCCGGCAGCAGCCCCGGGCUCCGGUCGGGGCGGCGGGCCCGGAGUAGCCGCGCACGCGGUCCCAACACCACCCGUUGUAGUCAACGCCGCCCGCCAUCUACUCCCUCCUCGCGAGGCCAGAGGCCCGGGGUCGCCAACCGGACCACGUUUCCUGCGGCCGACCCGAAAAAAUUUGUCCCCGCAGGAGGGGGGAGCACGCCUGAUCACGUCCUUCGAGAGACUGGCCUCGCGCGCGCGCACGCCAGAAACGUGCUUCUCUACUUAGCUCAGUGCAAUACUUGAUGUCCUUUUCGACGUUGGCGAUGAGGCGUCUCCGCGAGCACUUUAUUAUGCAACGCGCUCUUGCCUUAUUCUAAAAAAAAAAAAAAAAAUGCCCUUGCCCUCCGGACUUGCCAUGCCGAUCGCGCGAUUGCUUUUCUUCUUUAUUUUUUUUUGCGUGAAAUAUGGCGCGCGAAACGGCUCCGCGGUUGGUGAAAAUAAAAAUGAACUCCGAGCUCGUUCGAACGCGCACACGUUUUCCUGUGCAAUCAGUGCCACUUUACUGCACCUAACUACUUCGCACUUUGCUUCUUUCUUGUCGAAUAAUCGAUGCACACUGGAUUCAUAACAGACGGCGACAUUUCUUUGUCUACUUGCUUUUCUUCCCUUAGGAAACAUAAGGUGUGUGUAUAUAUAAAUGGAUAUAUUAGAACAGACAAGAGUUUUCAUAUAGAGCUAUUGCUUAUUAUAAUGACGAGGCAUUACCUGGCUGUGCUCGACAGAUGCCCGUUAUUUUUGACUGGCUCGCUAAGGUGCUGAGCGAAGUGCUUACUUAAGAUGACAGGAGCUGGGUGGCCUUAAUGUGUUGGCCACGUGAAUGUGAUGUUUGCGUGCAUGCUCUAACCUGCCAGUGGUGUGCUUUCGAAAGCUCCGUGCAAGCCAGCUGCCACUGUUGUGAGAACAAACGAAAAAAUAAUGCCUCUGUCUGCUCAACGAAUAGUCCCUGGUGAAAGACGCUUGUGUUCGCCACAGUGUCGAGUAGGCGUGUUCCCUACGAGCUGUCUUCCACGAGACAGUCCACAUUCCAGUCUCCAGCCGUCCUGUAUUGUAGGUGCAUAACGUACUGCUCAAAGUUGCCUAACUGUCGCUCCUCCCCGACUGUUAUGUUCGUCGGACAAAGCUGUUAAACCUGUGCCUGGACAAGUGCUCUGUAUCGAUUGUGCAAACAACCUGGAUGCAAUUAAAGGAUGACAUCUCUUUUUU